GUAGUGCGCUCUGCCCACGCGAUCUGUCCUCCUCGCUCCUCGCUCCUGACCACAGCCAGCGGAGUGUGUAUGUGAGUGUGUGCGGACACCAGUAAACACACUGGUGCUGUUACAGAACCUAGACCAGAGCUAGUUAACACUGAGGUUUGUGGAUCUGAAGAUAUAUCAAUUUUCUGGACUGGAUUAUCGUUUUACACUAACUGCUUUUGCAGAGGAUACAAAAUUCCAAUUGAUUUCCCUUUUUUUGUUGAUUUUACAGACAGUCAUCCCAGGAGUGGGGAGAGAGUAUCAAGACACAGCAUGAGGCUGCAGUGAGCAGGUGUGCGAAGGAGGCCGGGCCUGGAAGGAUAUCCGUCCUUCCCUGAUUGGCUCCUAGGGGGAGUGAAGUUUGGGAGCCCUACGGUCGGAGGAGGGACGAUACGAGCCCUGGAUUAAUGCAUGCACAGACUCAACCAGGGAGCAGCAGAUUCUGGGUUAUCUGCAGGACUGGAGUACACGAGUAACGGGACUGGGGUGAGCCGGUGCCGGUAGGAAAGUUGUUAUGGCUCAGUCCAGCUUUGGAUCUGCUCAUCAUGAUCGGUCUGUCUGACCCCAGAGACACAGCUGGAAACCCCUUCCCUUGGAGGACCGUCAAUGAAACACAAAAAGAUCUAAUUUGGGGUUAACGCCGCUGAGCUGGACGAUUGAAAGGGCUCUACAACCACUGGGAUUUUUUUUAAAUAUUUCUUAAAAUCGCAUGCCUUCGCUGUAUAGGCAAGCCUGAGCUUUGUGUACGAGUGGAAAUGCUUUUUUCUAUAGGCUUAUCUGCCAUGGCAAAGCCUUUGAUGGCAUGAGCUCCUAACACAGAAGAGGUCAUCGUCCGAAUAAAGCUCAGCAAACACUGUCCGGGUCAGAAAUCCAGCAGAGGCCCUCUGGACAAACUUUCCUCCUCGGUGGGGAUAAAAGGAAACAGAUUCGUAAAUCUCGAUUGGAUCUUUGGAGGCUUGAGAGGAUUUACCGUUUCUUCUAAAUCAGGGGUUCCUGAGUGAUUAGACUGCCAGACAACACAGCCUCAAGAUGGUGGGCCAAUGCAAGACCUUCAUCCUCUUCCUCAUCAGGGUCGGGCUCCUGCUGGGCCUGGCUAACCCCCUGGUGACUUCAGCCUCCUGCCCCUCAGCCUGCCGCUGCGAUGGGACCUUCAUCUACUGCAACGACCGUGGCCUAACCUCUAUCCCUACCGGCAUCCCCCUGGACGCCACCAUCCUGUUCCUGCAGAACAACCGCAUCAAGAGCGCAGGCAUUCCCACAGAGCUGCGCAAGCUCACCAGCGUGGAGAAGAUCUACCUGUACUGCAACAACCUGGACGAGUUCCCUACCAACCUUCCUCUGGGGGUCAAAGAGCUCCACCUGCAGGAGAACAACAUCCGUAUGAUUACCCACACCUCGCUGGGGCAGAUCCCCUACAUCGAGGAGCUACACCUGGAUGAUAACUCGGUCUCGGCGGUGAGCAUAGAGGAAGGGGCCUUCAAGGACAGCAACCACCUCCGGCUGCUCUUCCUGUCCCGUAACCACCUGAGCACCAUCCCGCCGGGCCUGCCCAUGACCAUCGAGGAGCUCCGCUUCGACGACAACCGCAUCUCGUCCAUCUCGGAGCAGUCUCUCCAGGACCUCAUCAAUCUGAAGCGCCUGGUUCUGGACGGCAACCUGCUCAACAACCGCGGGAUCGGGGAGAUGGCCUUCAUCAACCUGAUCAACCUGACGGAGCUGUCGCUGAUGAGGAACUCGCUAACGUCUCCCCCGGCCAACCUGCCGGGCACCAGCCUGGAGAAGCUGCAGCUACAGGACAACCACAUCAACCGCGUUCCUGUCGGGGCCUUCGCCUUCCUCAGACAGCUGUAUCGGCUCGACCUAUCAGGCAACAACCUCAGCAGCCUGCCGCAGGGCGUGUUUGACGAUCUGGACAACCUCACUCAGCUGCUGCUACGCAACAACCCCUGGCAGUGCACCUGCAGGAUGAAGUGGGUGCGCGACUGGCUUCGCUCGCUUCCCUCCAAGGUGAACGUGCGUGGCUUCAUGUGCCAGGGUCCGGACAAGGUCAAGGGCAUGGCCAUCAAGGAGCUCUCAACCGACCUGUUCGACUGCCCGGAGUCGGACGUGGCCCCCACAUACGAGACCAGCACGGUCUCGAAUACCCUGCCACCUUCCCAGCCCCAAUGGCCCUCGUUUGUGACUAAAAGACCCGUGGUGAAAGGGCCGGACCAAAGCAAGAACUACCGAAGCACAACCACUCCGUCGGGCAGGAAGUUCAUCACCAUCAGCGUCAAGUCCAGCAGUGCGGAGAGGGUUCACAUCUCCUGGAGGGUGCUUCAGCCCAUGACCGCCCUCCGCCUGAGCUGGCUGAAGCUGGGCCACAGCUCGGCCUACGGAGCCAUCACCGAGACCAUCGUGCAGGACGGUACCACAGAGUACCUGCUGACUGACCUGGACCCCGAAUCUUCCUAUCGGAUAUGCAUGGUUCCCAUGGAGACCAGCAAUUCUUACCUGUCGGACGAGACACCGGUUUGCAUCGAGACGGCGACGGCGUCUCUGAAGGCGUACAACCCCACCACGACUUUGAACCGGGAGCAGGAGAAAGAGCCUUACAAAAAUUCCAGUCUGCCUUUGGCCGCCAUUAUCGGAGGGGCGGUGGCUCUUCUGGCAAUAAUUCUGCUGGCACUUGUGUGCUGGUACGUCCACAGGAAUGGUUCUCUUUUUUCCAGAAACUGCACCUACAACAAGGGGCGCCGGAGGAAGGAUGACUACGCCGAAGCCGGUACAAAGAAAGACACCUCAAUCCUGGAGAUACGAGAGACCUCUUUUCAAAUGAUACCCAUAAACCAUCUGCCGGUGUCCAAGGAGGAGUUUGUGAUACACACAAUUUUCCCGCCUAAUGGCAUGAGUCUGUACAAAAGCCCUCACAGCGAGAACAGUCUCAGCAGCAGGAGCUACAGGGACAGUGGAAUACCAGAUUCAGACCACUCCCAUUCGUGAUAGUGACUGUGGACAUAUCCCCAAUGAGCGAGUAACUUGAAAGUGGCUUGACUUUUACAAAACACUGGAUCUAUAAGACUGAGGAAGCAAUGUUCUGUACAUUUGCCAUAUAAUUUAUAUUUAAGGACAUUUUACGAAGAGGAAAGUUUCAAUUGCAGGCCAUCACUGAGCCUUCAGUGAGUGUUGUAACUAACUGCAAUUCUAUAUUUUAGGGAUUUGUAGUAAUUUGUACUGUAUUUCCUUUGCUUAAGGUUAUUGACCAACUAUAAAAAACUCUGUGUUCUACCGAGAUAUGACUUGUCAACUGUGAAAGUGGGUUUUCAUUGCUGUGUUGAACAAUCAGAAUUUAGAGAACCUUGUAGUAUAAGCACAGGUCAUUCGUUUAACUAUGUGGCUGUCGGAAAAACAAAAAGGCAAAAAAAUUACACGACAAAGUAGGGUGCAGCUGAUAAACGACGAGGCAAGCCAGGCAGUCACGAUGCCCUUUUCCUGACCGUCCAGCGGUUACAUCCAUGUCCCAGAGACCCAGCGGGAGGAUCUGGUAUUCACGUGGAAUAGAAAUAGAGUAGAAAUGAAGUGGCAGGCUUUAGUUUUCUGCUUUGUUCGGCGUGUGGAUUCUUAUUAUUUAGUGUGUGGAGGAACCAGACCCUAACCCACAGCACAGUUGUACCAGGAGGGCUUGUAAGGGUCUACAGGGGACACAGGCCCCAGCACAGGGCAGAUUAAGCACACAGACCUUUAGGAGAUCUCCUCUCCUCACGUAAAACCAGAUAUGAAAGGCUGACAUCCAGAAGGGCCCUCCUCCCACUAUCUUUAUUUGGUGUAGCCAACAAAGGCCAAACUACAAAGAUGACAUUCUUCAGUACCGUGUACCAUACAUCAUUCUAAUGCUGCCCUCAAACGUAAAAAUACACAGGGCCAAAAAAAGAACAGUGAAAUAGAACACGUUGGCGUUUUAGUUUCCUUUUGUUUCUUUUUUUUUUUUUU